AUGGACUCCUGUGGGAACACAGACCUGACAGCUCCGCUCUCUGCAGCCUCCUCAGUCUCUGGGGCCAAACCCAGCUCCUCUGGGACCUGCUCUGCGACACACACACGCCGGCUUUGUUUCAGUCAGUGCUUCAGCUUCAGCCUGGCCGGCACAAGCGUUCCAGCGAAAGGCGAGGAGGACUUCCUCACGCUGGCCGCAUCUCGCAUCAGCAGAAAGAAGCGUGUGAUCGGGGCCGGGGUGGGCGUGGCCAUGGUGCUGGUUCUGCUGGUGGCCAUUCCUCUGCUGGUGCACAGCACCAAGGCGGCGGGGGGAGGGGGCUCCUACGAGAUGUUAGGCAGCUGUAAGAUGGUCUGCGAUGGCUUCACUCCACCACAGGGGGAGCUCACAGCAGUGUCGCCUCUGCCUCCAGACUAUGCAAACCGCAGAGCCAAACAGGGCUUCAGGGGCAGCCCUGGUCUGCCCGGACCCCCGGGGCCUAAAGGACCUCCAGGAGAACCUGGUAAACCGGGCCCACCAGGCCCGCCUGGGCCAGGAACAGGGGGAUACGAACGGUCCACCUACAGCCCUAAGAUCGCCUUCUACGCCGGGCUGAGGAAGCAGCACGAGGGCAGCGAGGUCCUCAAGUUUGACGACGUUGUGACAAAUGUGGGAAACUACUACGAGCCGAGCACCGGGAAGUUCACCUGCCCUCUGCCCGGCAUCUACUACUUCACCUACCACGUCCUGAUGAGGGGCGGAGACGGGACCAGCAUGUGGGCCGACCUCAAGAAGAAUGGACAGGUGAGGGCCAGCGCCAUCGCUCAGGACGCCGACCAGAACUACGACUAUGCUUCCAACAGCGUCAUCCUGCACCUGGACGUGGGAGACGAGGUCUGUGUGCAGCUGGACGGAGGCAAAGUCCACGGAGGAAACACCAACAAAUACUCCACCUUCUCUGGCUUCCUCAUCUACCCAGACUGA